AUGACCCCGUCCAUCGAAGAGUCCAACUCCAAUGCCGCAACACACAAAAAGGUCAAUGCCUGGCAACAGCCCGGCCCAGCAGCCUACGACUUCCGCAGCGAUACCAUAACCACGCCGACAGAGUCAAUGCUGAACGCGAUCAUCAACACGACCCUCUUGGACGACGUCUUCGUCGAAGACCCCACCACCAAUGACCUCGAGUCAUCCCUAGCCGAAUUGUCCGGCCACGAGGCUGCCCUGCUAGUCAUGUCCGGCACGAUGGGCAAUCAGGUCGCACUACGAACACACCUGACGCAACCUCCGCAAUCCGUCCUCUGCGACGUACGAGGACACAUCGUCAACUACGAAGCCGGCGGUGUGUCCUCGUUGUCCAGCGCCAUGAUGAUCGCCAUCUCCCCCAGCAACGGCCACCACCUGACGCUCGAGGACGUCAAAAAGCACGCCAUCAUCUCCGACAACGUGCACGCCUGUCCCACGCGGGUCAUAUCUCUCGAGAACACCCUCGAUGGGAUGAUCAUGCCGUUAGAAGAAGUCCGGCAGAUCUCCGCCUUCGCCCGCGAGCACGGCAUCAAAAUGCACCUCGACGGCGCGCGGAUCUGGGAACUCGUCGCCGCCGACGCAGGCAGUCUCCCCGACUUCACAACCUGCUUCGAUAGCGUCAGCCUGUGUUUCUCCAAGGGCCUCGGCGCUCCGAUCGGCAGCAUCAUCGUCGGUUCAAAGUCCUUCAUCACCCACGCCAGACGCAUACGCAAGAUGAUCGGCGGUGGCACGAGGCAGGCCGGCGUGAUCACUGCGGCCGCCCGUGUCGCCGUCCAAGAGAACUUCGGCACCGGACCUCGCGGUGAGGGAGGCAAGCUGCGCGCCAGUCAUGCCCGAGCUCGCAAGAUCGCCGACCUGUGGCGCAGUCAAGGCGGCAAGCUCGCGAAGCCGGUCGAGACCAACAUGGUCUGGCUGGACAUUGAGGACGUCGGCUAUUCGGCGGAGCAGUUUGCCGAGCUCGGAGCCACCGAGGGUCUCAAAGUCAUUGGCGGCCGACUGGUCGUGCACUACCAGAUCACAGACGAUGCGGUGGAGCGGUUAGGACGGAUCAUGGACAAGAUGCUGGAGGAACGGAAGAGCAAUGGCACGAAUGGAAGCACCAACGGUCAUUGA